UUACAUAUUUAUACAUAUAAUAGUCCUUGUGUAUAUAAACCCUCUAAAUAUCUUCCCCUCAUACCGCACUGCUGGGUGUUCUUUGUUUUCUUGCUCUCCUUUUUCUCCACCCAAUAUUCUUCUUCUUCUUUCCCAGUCAUUUCUAUAAUCAUAUAUAUGCCUUUCGUUUGUUUUGUCUGAACCUAUCAACUCAAAGCUAGAAUAGUACUCCAUCUCAAGAAAAAUGCAUCAGCAUAACCAUCUCCUGGGGCGUCCAUGCUUGCAUUGCCACCCCCACAGCUACAUUAGGAUGGUUCAACAUCUUAUUGAGAAAUGCUUACUCUUUCACAUGAGUCGUGACCAAUGCAUAAAGGCCUUAGCACAGCAUGCAAAUAUUACACCACUUAUCACACUUACAGUGUGGAGAGAGCUACAGAAAGAGAAUAGGCACUUCUUUCAAGCAUAUUUCCACUCUAUUUAUCCCACCAGGCCUUUAAUGAGAAGCCAUAUUCAAAAUGCGCCAAGAUUUUCAGGAAGGAAAUACUGGAAGUGAAUUUUUGCAACAAAUCUAAUAAAUUUAAGCGAAGUGCUUGGUGUGUGAACGUGGGUGCUUUUGAAAUUUAACUAGAAUCCUAGCUAGAGAUUACUAUAUGUUACAGCUGACAAUAAGGUCCAUGGUUUACCUUAGAGGGCGAAAGUGGGUAAAAUUCCAAUGAAGAACGUAGUACGUAGUUAGUAUUUUUGCUUUCGUCAGUUCGUGGACAGUAGAGUCAUUUGUAUUUACCUGGCAGACAGCUGAGAUCGAGUGUUUAGAAUCUGGCCUGAUUCACAUUUCCCUAAUUAAUUCAUGAGUUUGUUGAACCA